AAUCGUAUCUUUAGCCGCUGACGAUUUAAUCGGCGAGCUUUCGAGGAAGAUGGAACUCCUCCUUUCCUCUGUUCCAGUCUGAUCUUAACUAAAUUUCUGCUCAAAUUCACUCCAAAUAAAUUCCAAACUCAAAUGUACCCCAAAUUGUAGCACCUCCGCCCCAUUCCCUCUCGUAUCUGCUUCUCUCCUUCCGCCUCACCACCCUUCUCCCACUCACUGCUUCUUCACUCUCUCUUUCUAUCUCGAUUUUCCUUCCAUUUCUACCGUGCUCUCCCCUUUCCUUCCACAUUCGGUCUAUGGAAUUACGGACUGUCGUACAGAACCGACGAUGAAUCUGUGGACGGACGACAACGCGUCAGUCAUGGAGGCCUUCAUAAACUCCGAUCUCGCCGCUUUUUCGCCGCCACCGCAAUCCGCUGCUUCCACUUCUACUUCCACUCCUGCGCCAUCCAACAUCGACCCCAACAGGACCACCCUCAUCAACCAAUCUCAGCCGCUCUUUAAUCAGGAAACUCUUCAGCAACGUCUCCAAGCCUUGAUAGAGGGGGCCAGAGAAAGCUGGACCUAUGCUAUCUUCUGGCAAUUGUCUUACGAUUACUCUGGUGCUUCCGUGUUGGGGUGGGGUGAUGGGUACUAUAAAGGAGAGGAGGAUAAGGUUAAAGGCAUGUGUAAGGGUUCCAGCUCGUCAGCUGCAGAACAGGAGCACCGAAAGAAGGUGCUCCGAGAACUCAAUUCCCUGAUUUCAGGUCCCACUACCGACACCGACACCGACGAUGCAGUUGAUGAAGAAGUCACUGAUACCGAGUGGUUCUUUCUCGUCUCCAUGACUCACUCGUUUGUUAAUGGAAGUGGGUUGCCGGGUCAAGCUUUUUUCAAUGGGAGUCCGGUCUGGGUUGUUGGGCCUGACCAGCUUUUUGCAUCACCAUGUGAGCGCGCGAGGCAAGGCCAAGUUUUUGGGUUGCAGACCUUGGUUUGUAUCCCAUCAGCGGAUGGAGUUGUUGAGCUGGGUUCAUCUGAGAUAAUUUAUCAGAGCUCGGAUCUGAUGAAUAAGGUUAGGGUUUUGUUUAAUUUCAAUAAUCUGGAGAUGGGUUCGUGGCCGAUGGGAACGAACCCUGACCAGGGUGAGAAUGAUCCAUCCUCGCAGUGGAUCAGUGAUCCAUCUCAGAGUGGGAUUGAAAUGAAGGAGGGGAAUAGCACAGUUCCAUCUUUGGGUGGCACCAUGAAUUACAAUAAUAACAAUCAGCAUGUGUCGAAAGGGAUUCAGUUUGGAAACCCCAAUUGCAGUAGCGUGACUGAAAACCCCAGCGGAAUUCAUAUGCGAAAUCAUCAGCAGGGCCAGCAGCAGCUGCAACAGCAGAUGACGCAAGGGCAGAGCUGUUUUACACGUGAGUUGAAUUUUGGGGAAUGUGGUGAUGUUGAUGGUUGUAGCGCUAGGAAUGGGAAUUCCAAUGUGUUCAAGCCGGAAUCAGGGGAAAUUUUGAAUUUUGGGGAGAGUAAGAGGAGGUCUCCUGAUGCAAAUGGAAAAUUCUUUUCAGUUACUUCGCAGUUUGUAGUGGAGGAGAAUAAUAAAAAGAAAAGAUCCCCGACUUCAAGGGGUAGCAAUGAAGAAGGGAUGCUUUCCUUUACUUCUGGUGUUAUCUUGCCUUCUUCUGGUGGGGUUAAAUCAAGUGGUGGUACAGGUGAUUCAGAUCACUCUGAUCUUGAAGCGUCUGUUGUUAGAGAAACAGAUAGCAGCAGAAUUGUAGAACCUGAAAAGAAGCCAAGAAAACGAGGAAGAAAACCAGCAAAUGGAAGAGAAGAGCCUUUGAAUCAUGUUGAAGCAGAGAGGCAACGAAGGGAGAAACUUAACCAGAGGUUCUAUGCCCUGCGAGCUGUAGUUCCCAAUGUGUCAAAGAUGGACAAAGCUUCACUUCUUGGAGAUGCCAUUGCUUAUAUUGAUGAGCUCAGAACAAAGCUAAAAACCGUGGAGUCGGAUAAGGAGGAGUUGGAGAAGCAAGUGGAAUCAAUGAAGCAGGAGUUUCCCAGCAAAGAUCCACGCCCAGAGCCACCUUCUCUUGAUCAAGAACUCAAGAUGUCAAAUAACCAUGGAACCCAAGCAAUAGAAAUGGAUAUCGAUGUGAAGAUAAUUGGCUGGGAUGCAAUGAUAAGAAUCCAAUGUACCAAAAAGAACCACCCAGCAGCAAGAUUAAUGGCAGCCCUGAGAGAGUUGGGCCUUGAUGUUCAGCAUGCCAGUGUGUCAGUGGUGAAUGAUUUGAUGAUCCAGCAAGCCACUGUGAAGAUGGGAAGUCGGUUUUACACACAAGAGCAGCUCAGGGUAGCCUUAUCAACCAAAGUUGGUGACUCCUGAAAUGGUCUUUGAACAGAGCAGGAAUUGCGUUUAGCAAUUGGGAAUUUGGGAUAGAGAGCUUGAUAAUAUUAUCAUAUAGGAUUUGAGGAUUGUUUCUUAAUGGUCUUAGGGUUCUGGGACAUUUUAAGGCUCCCAACAGCGCAAGCUCUGUAAAAUAGUGUUGUCCCUAUUAAUUUCUUGGUAGUUGGUCUAGUGUAAUUCGAGUUUGAGCCCAUGUUAAUGGAGGAGCUGAUCGAACUGAGGAGCUAGGAGGGUCUGCGAGGCUCUUCUCAUGUGAAGAUAGCUAUUUUUGUGUUGAUUUUUACUCUGUCCUUGAUGUAUGUUAGUUAUGAAUUCGAAACUCUUUAUGAGUUUUGCAUGAUCGGUGGAAUGCGUCUCUGUGUUAUAAAAGCUAUUUUCCCUGUUUUUUAAAGGAUGGAAAUAAAAGGGCUUUCUGGGUUUUUAUU